UGCAUAAUAGCGGUGUAUGUGCUACGUAGUACCCUACAUGUGCGAUAGGGAGGCGUGUGGGACACGGGGCAGUGUGGCUCUGCGAUCCUGCACCAGCACAACGCACAAGCCGCAGAAGCUGCACACGGGGAAGCAUGGAGCUGUUCAAACUGGUGCUCUGUGCUGUCUCUUUCUUGUGUGGAUCGAGAAUUUGCCUGGCGUUGGUCAUACAACGGACCGGAAAACCGGACCCGUCCCGUCUGCGAUACCAGGCUGACACCACAUACGACAGCACCUCAGGAUCAUGCAAAAACAGGUGCUUUGAGCUGCAGGAGGUCCAGGCGCCCAACUGCCGCUGCGACAACCUCUGCAAAACCUACAACAGCUGCUGCUCGGACUUCGACGAGCACUGCUUAAAGACAGAGGGAGGCUUUGAGUGCAGUAAGGAGCGAUGUGGAGAAACUCGAAAUGAACAGCACGCCUGCCACUGCUCAGAUGACUGCCUGGCCAAAGGAGACUGCUGUACAAACUACAAGGCACUCUGCAAAGGUGAUACUCCAUGGUUGGAAGAUGAGUGUGAGGAGAUAAAAAGCCCUGAGUGUCCUGCUGGGUUUGUUCGCCCACCACUCAUCAUGCUCUCCGUCGAUGGCUUUAGAGCCUCUUACAUGAAAAAGGGCAACAUGGUGAUUCCUAACAUAGAAAAACUGAGAACAUGUGGCACACAUGCACCGUACAUGAGACCCAUCUACCCCACCAAAACCUACCCCAAUUUAUAUACAAUUGCAACGGGCCUUUAUCCUGAGUCGCAUGGCAUCGUGGGUAAUUCCAUGUAUGACCCCUCCUUUGAUGCGCUGUUCACUCUGCGAGGGAAAGAGAAGCUUAACCAUCGCUGGUGGGGAGGACAGCCUAUCUGGAUAACUGCUGUGGAGCAGGGAGUGAAGGCUGGCACUUUCUUCUGGCCUGUAGGGAUUCCACUGGAAAGGAGAGUAUUGACCAUGCUCCAGUGGCUUCACCUCCCUGAUGCAGAGAGGCCCUACGUUUAUGCCAUGCACUCUGAGCAAACGGACACCUACGGCCACAAACUCGGACCUGAGAGCCCUGAGAUGAGCAACCCACUGAAGGAGAUUGAUAAGGUGGCUGGGCAGCUGAUGGAUGGCCUGAAACAGAUGAAUCUCCAUCGAUGUGUCAAUAUCAUUAUGGUUGGGGAUCAUGGGAUGGAGGAAGCUCACUGUGACCGUACAGAAUUCCUCAGCUCUUACAUGUCCAAUGUUGAUGACAUCAUCCUGAUCCCUGGCUCUCUUGGGAGAAUCCGAGCUCGAAAUCCCAACAACUCCAAAUAUGAUGCAAAAGCAGUAGUGGCAAACCUUACAUGUAAAAAACCAGAGCAGCACUUCAAGCCGUACCUGAAGCAGCAUCUUCCCAAACGCCUCCACUAUGCCAACAAUCGCCGCAUUGAGGAGAUUCACCUGAUCGUGGAAAGAAAAUGGCAUGUAGCAAGAAAGCCGCCAGAAGGGAAAAGGCAUCCGGGCAAGUGCGGCUUCUCGGGUGACCACGGAUACGAUAACAAGAUCAACAGCAUGCAGACCAUUUUCCUUGGAUAUGGACCAAUGUUUAAAUUCAAGACCAAGAUACCACCAUUUGAAAAUAUUGAGCUGUACAACGUCAUGUGUGAUCUCCUUGGCUUGAAGCCAGUCCCCAACAAUGGGACCCAUGGUAGCCUGAACCACCUGCUGAGAAAUCCUGUCCACAAACCUAGCAUGCCUGAAGAGGUGUCCAAACCAACCCCAUCUGGGCCAGUCAAUGCCAUAACUGAUGACCUGGGCUGCACCUGUGAUGAAAAAUUGCGUUCAAAAAGUAGGGGGCAGAGGGCUUUGAAAGUGGCCCUGGUAAGAGCCUAUAACCUGGAGUCACUGUGGCUCUGUCUCUUACAGAACAAAGUGGAGGAACUCAAUCAACGACUGAGACAAGUUUUCGAUGACAGCAAGAAUCUUCCUUAUGGGCGGCCAGCAGUCAUGUUCCACACCAAGUACAGCAUCUUGCACCACAGUGACUACAUCAGCGGAUAUAGUGAAGCGCUUGCCAUGCCUCUAUGGACCUCCUACACGGUCUCUAAACAGGUUGACGUCACUGUUCUGCCUGAAGCUCUGAAUACAUGUGUGAGACCUGAUGCCAGAGUGCCUCCAGCCUCCAGCCAGUCCUGCACCAGCUACCGAGCCGACAAACAGAUCUCCUAUGCAUUUCUCUACCCACCUCAGUUGGCCUCCAGUAACGAUGCAAGAUACGAUGCCCUGUUGAUCACCAACACAGUGCCAAUGUACCCAGCAUUCAAACGAGUGUGGGCAUACUUCCAGAAGACUCUGGUAAAGAAGUACGCCAGUGAGAGGAAUGGCCUUAACGUGGUGGUCGGGCCCAUCUUCGACUAUGACUUUGAUGGCCUUCGGGACACCGAAGAGAAGAUGAAACAGUAUGUGAGCAACUCCAUGCCCAUCCCUACUCAUUUCUUCAUUGUGGCGACCAGCUGCCUGGACUACACGCAGACCGUGGACUCGUGCACCGGUCCUCUGAGUGUGUUCUCCUUCAUCCUGCCUCAUAGAGCGGAUAAUGACGAGAGCUGCAAUAGUUCAGAGGAUGAAUCCAAGUGGGUCGAGGAGCUGAUGAAGAUGCAUACAGCACGAGUCCGAGAUGUGGAGAUUCUAACAGGACUUGACUUCUACCGGCGUACCAGCCAAAGCUACACAGAGAUCCUCUCACUAAAGACGUACCUGCACACAUACGAGAGUGAGAUCUGAACCACUGCCUUCCCUGCACUAAUGUAUUCCUCCUCUAUCAAAUCCCACACCCUGACCCCAGACCUGUUGUGCCCUGCGACAUCAGAUGGUUAGGUGUAUAUUUUUAUACAAGCCUCCUUUCAACAUUUUGUAAUGAGGAUGUGAAAAUGUCCCUUUUUUUGAUUCCACCUCUGUGAGUGAGUGUCUUUUGGUGAGUGUGAUGAUGAGAGCGUGUGAGUGAGAAAUCCUGUACUGUAUGAUCUAAUGUAAUAUUGUCUCUCAACACGUACCACUUUUGUGAUUUGUUCAUGCCUUAAAUGAAUUUCAUGGCAUUAAAACAGUUUUGUACUUA